CUUAAAACAGAAUCAUCACCGAGGAAGAACGCAUCAUGCCGUUCGCACAGCUUGUGAUUGGGCCCCCGGGGGCAGGAAAGUCGACGUACUGCAAUGGCAUGCAACAGUUCCUCGGGGCCAUCGGGCGUAAGUGCUCGAUUGUGAACCUGGACCCCGCCAACGAUCAGACGUCGUAUCCGUGUGCGCUGGACGUUCGCGACCUUGUGACGCUGGAGGAGAUCAUGAGCGAGGACCAACUGGGGCCGAACGGCGGGGUGUUGUACGCGCUGGAGGAGCUGGAGGAGAAUUUCGAUUUCCUCGAGGAGGGGCUGAAGGAGCUCGGAGACGACUACGUUCUAUUCGACUGUCCCGGCCAAGUCGAGAUCUUCACACACCACUCCUCCCUCCGUAAUAUAUUCUUCAAGAUCCAGAAACUGGGGUAUAGAAUGAUAGUCAUCCACCUGAUCGACUCCUACAGCCUCACGCUCCCCUCGAUGUAUAUCUCGGCGCUCCUCCUCUCCCUUCGCGCGAUGCUGCAGAUGGACCUGCCGCACCUGAACGUGCUCACGAAGAUCGACAACAUGUCCAACUACGCCCCGCUCCCGUUCAACCUCGACUACUACACCGAGGUGCAAGACCUCAACUACCUGCUCCCGCACCUAGAGGCGGAGUCGUCCCGUCUGUCGCACGAGAAGUUCGGCCCGCUCAACCAGGCCAUCAUCGACCUGGUGGAGGAGUUCGGGCUCGUGGCCUUCGAGACGUUAGCCGUGGAGGACAAGAAGAGUAUGAUGAACCUGCUGCAUGCCAUCGACCGCGCCAGCGGGUAUGUGUUUGGUCCGGCCGAGGGGGCCAACGAUACUAUCUGGCAGGUGGCUGUUCGGGAGGGGCUGGGGCAGAUGGACGUCCGCGAUGUGCAAGAGCGGUGGCUGGACGCUAAGGAGCAGUACGAUGAGCAGGAGCGCAAGGAGCUUGAAGCUGAGGCGAAGGCGCGAGAGCAGCAGGCGGCGGCGGCGGCCGGGGAGGGAGGGAACCAACCCGUGGGAGGGCACAAUCACUAUGACAAUGAUGACGACGACGAAUACGGCGACAUGGGCCGCGGCUCGAUGCCGGACAGCGGGGUGCAAGUGAUACGAAAGUCAUGA